AAGAAGUUGGAUGGUGCGGGUGUACCACUGAUGAGAAGCGGCCGAAAAAAGGGAAUAUUUGCAGAAAAUUCAAAGAAUACUGAGGAAUAUUACAUUGUUCUGCUUACUAUCAGUGUAUUCAUAAAAGUGUCUGACUUUCAUUAUUAACUGCACCAGGUGUCCUAGUGUGUUCUGGUUCUACCCCAGAGAUGGCACAGCGGAGCGGGCAGGAGGACCCGGAGCGGUACCUUUUUGUGGACCGCGCCGUGGUCUACAACCCGGCCACGCAGGCCGACUGGACGGCCAAGAAACUUGUAUGGAUCCCAUCGGAGCGCCACGGCUUCGAGGCGGCCAGCAUCCGUGAGGAGCGCGGCGACGAGGUGGUGGUGGAGCUGGCUGAGAACAGCAAGAAGGCCAUGGUGAACAAGGAUGAUAUCCAGAAGAUGAACCCUCCCAAGUUCAGUAAGGUGGAGGACAUGGCCGAGCUCACGUGUUUGAACGAGGCCUCAGUGCUGCACAACCUGAAGGACCGCUACUACUCGGGCCUCAUCUACGUAAGUAGGAUAGAAGUCCUGCUUUUUCUGACUUGAGAAAAUCAGGAGUAGGCUUCUUUACCUUACAUUGGUAUCUUAUUGAAGUGGACCAGUAGCCUUUCCCCUCCCCUUUUUGGGAUAUUGUACCCAACUACCCAUCACAUCAAUCAGCAUUGUCCAAUACCAAACCCAC